ACACAUUACUUUAUUGAUACUUCGAUUGUGUUGUAUACUUACAUUUAAAAUGGUUAAGUUACUAACAAAGAGUAUUUUGGCAUUAUUAUUUUUUACAUCAGUCUCUGAAAGCAGAGAAUAUCGGUUUGACUACACCUACAAUAACGAGAUUGCGGGCUGGUGGAAGCUGCACAGAAUUCCGGGGACAUGGAACGAGGCACGGUUGAGAUGCCAUGCUGAAGGUGCUGUCCUGGCCUCGCCGCUUAAUGAACACCUGUUACGAGUCAUGAAAACGAUUGUGGCUACCAACAGUUUACAAUGUGGCAUCUACAGUGGUAUCCACGCGACUCUCUCUAAAGGAGUAUACAAUUCUGUAGAAGGAGUGCCACUCUCGAGGAUCCCCGUGAGUUGGGCACCCGGCGAGCCUGAUAACUACGAAAACAACGAGAGCUGUUUACUACUAAUACCAAAUGGAACUAUGGCUGAUGUCAAUUGCACCCAAGUAUUUCCUUACAUAUGUUACAAGAAAAAAACGCAGUCUGUUGUACAGACAACAUGUGGAACAACCGAUACAAAAUACUUCCUGGAGCCCAGGACGGGCAGUUGCUACAAAUUCCACUACAUAGGCCAGACGUGGCACCAAGCGUACAUGACGUGUGCUGCUGAAGGUGGACACCUGGCCAUCAUCAACAGCGCUACUGAAGCACAAGCACUCAAAGAGCUAUUUGCUAAGUAUCCUGCAAACACUAUAAUGGCCAAAUACAAAGAUCCUGCUCUCGUCGGAUUUUUAGAUUGGAGCAAAGACAAUACAUGGUUUACUAUUCAUGGUGAGACAUUAGAUGAAGCCGGGUACAAUAAUUGGCCGGCUGGUCAGCCGGAUAACAUGAAACAUGGUAACCAGGGAGAACAGUGCGGUGGCCUGUUCCGAUCGGGUUACUUGGACGAUGUGUGGUGUGAACAUCUGACUUUACCAUUCAUUUGUGAAAAAAGUCCAGACAGCUUGCUUACUGAGGAAUAAAUUGUUCAUUCAUUC